UUGCAGCAGCUCGGAAAAAAAAACAGACCAACAACCACCACCAACGACCGUUCGACUCCUGUGGAUCACACGCCUGUCGUUCCUUGAUUGCCUGACACACGAGGUGGGCAACGUGAUGUCGUCGCUACGAAUCGCCGUGUUCCUGGCCAUGGUCCUGAUGAUCCUGUUCGAUUGGUCCGCUGCUCUCCCGGCCGUCGAUAAGGAGAGACUCUUGAACGAGGUAGACCUGGUGGACGACGACGGUAGCAUCGAGACAGCGCUGAUCAAUUACUUAUUCACGAAGCAAAUCGUGAAACGGCUCCGAAACCAACUGGACAUCGGGGAUCUUCAGCGUAAACGUAGCUACUGGAAACAGUGCGCCUUCAACGCGGUCUCAUGCUUCGGAAAAUAGAUUCCCCCCCCCCCCCGGGGCCCAGCUCGAGCGAUCACCAGGCUUUCCAUCCCCGUCUAUUUGUCUGUCUUUUUCUUCUCCGGCCGCCUAGCUUCCGUUGCACGUCGAUAAUAUCCUCCACUUCCGGUUCACCUUGCAUCCGCGCGGAAUUCACGAUCCUUUCGUUAUACAAAAAUUUUAUUCUUUGGAUAAAAAUGUUAUUCCCUGGACAAAAAUUUUAUUCUUUCGACAAAAAUUGUUAGAAACAUAUCUUCAAUUUAAAGAAAGUUCUACACAUCGAUGAGAUCAGGUCCGAUAACGCCUCCGGUAAAUGUUCAAUUAAAUUCCGAUUUUUCAUCGUUGAACCGCGCGCGGCUGUAAAUCGAAGCUCGUUCUCUGCGACACGCUAUAUUAAAAUUUUCGGAAACGAAAAGAAAAAUCAGUAGAUUAGGGUGCUGAUAGAGGUAAUUUAAGAAUCCGAAAACUUGCGGCCAAAACGGAAUAUGCGUGUGUAUGUGUGUGUGUGUACUUUCGCGCGAAAUAACCACCUUCUUAAGUUUUCUCUCGUUUCUUCUUCGUCUUCUUUCGUGACAGGGUUCACGGUCGUCGGUUAUUCGGAGCGGAGAGAGCGCAACGUUUUGCACCGGUGUUGUAAAUCACAGAGUUUUACGCUCGGGUGCGCGACGACGACGGCUGUGUAAUAAAGAGGA